AGGGGAAGGAUUAAAGCGGCGCUAAUAGAGUUUGCGUACAACGUUGACAACAUUGAAACGGGUAGAGAGAAAGGGAGUUAUCAGAAAUACACGGAGGUGCACGCGAUACCUAAACGGACAACCGCGUGCCUGUGUUUGUCAGUGUCAGCAUCCCUCUCCACCUCGUCGGCUUCACAUUUUUAUUCGUCAUGUCGCAGUCUGGGUCUCAGUCACCAGAGGAUGGCUUGAAUGGCUCGUGGGUGGAGCUGGAGGGCCUGGUGGCAGCAGCACAGAGGGAGAGUCUGACAGGACAAGAGGACAGUACCUCCUCGUUUCUGCAGGGGGAGCUGGAGAGGAUUCUGCUGGAGGCACAGCUGGAGAGUGAGAGGAGUAGUCACACUGACAGUCCUCCUCAGGUGGUGACCCCGCGAACCUCCGGCUCCCCCCGCCCGGCCAGCGAGGGAGGCGGCAGCAGCAGUACGGACUGCGUCACCAUACAGUCUGACGACAGCGACAGAAGGAGGAGCGCUGAGUGGGUGUGGGACUGGUCCAGUCGACCCGAGAACCUCCCACCCAAGGAGUUUGUGUUCCAGCACCCCAAGCAGUCGGGCACGCUGAGUGUGAGGAAGAGCGAUGUGAUGAAGAGCGGCAUCUUCUCCUCUGACAUGCUCCUGCUGCUCCUGCCCUCCCUGCUGGCCUCGCACGCUCUCACACUGGGACUUGGGAUCUACAUCGGGAAGCGCUUGGCCUCCUCUUCCACCAGCACGUUGUGAACCCUCCCCUGCGCCCAAACUCACUGCCUAUAGCAUCGUAGCCCAACAUCCACAUCCACGUCAUGUUGCCCCCCUUCUAAACGUUCCAGUAAUUGGGGCAACCCCAAGAGUUCAAGCCUUGCUCUCCCCGCCACUGUCUGUCUUUGCUCGUUGUCGGUGAGCCGACCUCAAGCCUAUCCGCCCUCGUUCUGCCCGUUUGGCUGGCUGUAACCUAGGAGACCUCUAUGUCCGUCACUCAGAGUAGGAAACCCCCUUGUGUAAAUCGCACUGAAUGUAUAAGAUGUACAUGUCCAUGUGUUGUGAUUCAGUAAUGUGUCCCUUCACCCCAAUCUAGAUGAGUUGAUCCUGUAGGGUGACAUGGGGGUGCCUCUACAUGCUUAGAGCAAAUCAAAGCCAACCAACCACUACAUAAGAGGAAGAGGUGUAGGAGAAAGAGAUGGGGAGAGAGAUUGAUAGAUAGACAGAGAGAAAGAGAGAGAGAGAGAGAGAGCAAAACAAAGACAGACAGUGAUAGUGGCAAUUCCUUAGACCCUUUUCCUCCCUAACCUCAAUCUAAAUAUAUAUAUACGUGUCAGCUUGGGACAGAUGUGGGCCUUUGCCUUUCCUACGGGCGUACACAAAUCCAGAGCCUCCACAAUCACUCUCCAAGACAGGGAGGGAAGAGUGGAGGAAGAGGAAGAGGAGGAGGAGGAAAGUGGGUGGCUGAGUGAAGUGGCAAUUGUGGUGGGAUUGUGGGAUUGCAGCAAGAUUGACAAUAACAGGCAGAGUGAGAGGAAAUAACGGAAGCCUCAUCAUGAUGGGUGGAACAUGAUGGGCUUGUGUCUGUGUCUGAGUGUGUAUGUGUGGUUGUGUAUGUUAGUGUGUGUGUGUGUGUGUGAGUUAGUGUGAGAGAGUGGCUGCAGAGGUGUUCUCACCAAUGUCGAUAGUGACCACAUUAAAUCUAUCACUCCUCA